AUGUUCCGCUCUUCCGCCGCGCUCGUAGACUCAGCCCCACCCACCUCUCCGAAGCAAGCGUUGAUCGCGGUUGUCCAGGUGUGGCUCGAUCGACUGCAGACGAUGGCUGUUAUUACGACGUUCUUCGUGUCCAUCGACAGCAUGCUAUACUCUUUCCCUGCAAAAACUCGAGACUCGAACCCAGACAUGUGGACUGUCACUGACAAGGUCAUCAUGGCCUUCCUUGGUGGUGCGAUAAUCCUCCAUGUGUGCGCAUCGAUCCUCGCCUACGUUGCCUCCUUCCUCCUAAUCCGCUACCGCCUCACCGACGCCGAGCAGCAAGAGCAAGCCGCCGAGCAAGCCGCCGAGGCCACCCCCAAGCGGGACGCGUCCACUUCAUCCGCCGUCAAAGCUCCCCCGAUUCAGACCGCGACCCUCUCCGCAAGUUCCGCACACACGCGCGUGCCCUCCGUCUGGGACUGGGAGGCGCACCUCGACCUCCGCGCGCUCGUCUCCGUGCACCAGGUCCGCCCGUGGGGCAUCUUCCGGUCCGUCGGAUGCGCGCCCACGGCCCCCGACGCGGAGAUGGGCGAGCGCGACGCGGCGGUCGCGCAGCUCGCGCGGAUGGUGCGCACGCUCUCCCGGUGCCACAGCGCGGCGGGCGCGUUCGCCGUCGUCGGGUUCGUGUUCGCGCUUGUGGGGGCACUCGGGUACUUCUGGACGGGGCUGCCGAGGGCGCUGGGGAUCUUCGCGAGCGCGUGCUUGGGCGUGUGCGUGCUCGUGGCGGCGGCGGUCGUGGUGUGA